AUGACACAUCAAGGUGAGUCAAUUUCGCACGGCGGGGCGAUAGCGAAUGACUCACGGCACACACAUGGCGGUAACACACGUCUUCGUGAGCAGUCUCCGCAUCGACCCGUACGUGACGAACAUAUACGCGAGCGGUCCAGGUCGCCGCGGCAUGAUGAAGCUCGGCCGGCACGCCUUGCCGCUGAGCCAAUCUUUGAGCGUUCUGGUUUGCUCGCAAAAGAAAGCAACAGUGUGAAUGGCAUAGCGCUUAAGUACCACGAACCGCCUGAGGCAAAGAAACCACGUCAUCCAUGGCGUCUGUUUGUGUUCAAAGAUGGCAAGGAGAUUGGUACGUUGGCAAAAGUGGUGCUCACCAGGUUUUAG